UGGAUCACAGCACACCUUCCUUCAAACAGAACAACUCUUCACUGCACAGAAGAAACCAUGUUCCCUAGAGACUCUUCACAUGCAAAUGUGUUGAUCGUUUUAUAAAUGAACGGGUUUAAAACUCAUCAGCUGCGAAAAUAAUGACACUUCAUGAUACGAUGGAGAGUAAGAAGUCAGACGAAGAGAUCGACGACUCUGAGGAAGACGAGAAGGAUUCUGCACUGGAUUCAUCAACCGGCUAUGCAACACACGACACGCUGUAUGAAAAUCUGCCGAACAUAGAGGAAACCAAUGUAACCGCAUCAACAAAUGAAGAAGCUUGUUAUUUCAUGGUUGUGACAGAGGAAUUGCGCAUCAUGUUGCUGGGGGCGAGAGGCGGAAAAAGCUCCACCGGGAACACCAUCCUGAGGUGCAGCGCUUUUAUAUCGGACAUGCAGCUGAGCAGAGUCACACAGUUCUGUGAAAGAGCAUCUGGAAACAUCAACGACCGGCCCGUGGCCAUCAUCGACACGCCGGGUCUGAACAGGGUCGGCCGCACGGAGAGGGCGGUGACCCGGGAGAUCCUAAAGUCCAUCUCUCUGUAUGCUCCAGGGCCGCACGUGUUUCUGCUGGUCAUGCCCGUUGGGAACUUAACCAACGAUGACAAAAGCAUGCAUAAACUCAUCGAGAGCAUGUUCGGGGAGACUGUCUGGAAGUACACCAUCAUCGUGUUCACUCACGGAGACCGUCUGGAGGGCAAGGCGCCGAACGACGUCAUCGCGCGCUCCGACGACGAGCUCCGGGGCUUCAUCCAUCAGUGCAGCGGCGGCUUCCUGUUCUUCAACAACAAGGACACCGAGAACUACGAGCCCGUCACGGAACUCUUGAAGAAGGUCGAGACCCUCGUGGCCAUCAACGGGAAGAGCUGCUACACGCCGUCUUUUUACCCGGCCUCGGAGAGGAGGAUCAGGAGGAAAAUGGAGAAGAUCUUGGAGAAGAGAAAGGAGAAGAUUGCACAGAAGGAGAGGGAGCUGGCGAUAUACUGCAAAACUGAGCAGGAGGUGGAGAGAAAAACGAGGGAACUCUGGAGAAUAGAAGAAGACGAUGCAAGAAAAAAGGCCGGGAAUCCAGCCAAACAAAAAAAGCCUAUGAGUCUAGCCAAAAAAUCAUCGGGCCAGAAGUGUCCCACCUAGAAACUCUAAUAAUCAUUCGACCUAGAUAUUUUUUUAUUGCUUAGGUAAAUGGAUAUGCCCAGUUUAAUCCACUUGAAAGGUUAUAUCUUUUCCAUAAACUCAUUAAUGUCAAAUAUGAUGUCCAAUCAAGUUUGUUCAUUCGAAUUAAAUCACUCCCUGAAAAAAGCUCAGUCAGAAAAGAAACUUAUAAUGAAAAAGUUUUUACUGCUGCAUUUAAUCAUUUUUCUUCUGUUGCUCCUAAUAUUUUUUACCUUUAAAAAUGUAGUUCUUUGUAUGGCAUUUAAAUAUUAUCACACUACUUUUUUAUGUUGUUGUUAGAAGUAAAUUUAACCUGUGGUCUAUAGAUGAAUUACUGUACCACAAAUACUGCAUGACUAAAAAAUGCAUGAAACUUAUUUAAUCUAAUAUAAAUUUAAAUGCCACUACUUUCAAGUGACAAAAGACAAGACUAAAAAAGGUUCCUGUUUAAUAAAUCUGGAUUAAAUAUCAUGAGUGUAAACAGAAAAGCCUCUUCCAGUUAAGAAUUAUUUUCAUAUUGUUUUUGAUCCACUAACCUGAGGGAAAAAUGAAACACGAUGAAACAAGUCACAUAUUGCACCACUGUAAAAAAAAAUAUUCAGGAUAAAGAGUGUUAAAUUAAGUGUUAAAGAGUGUUUAAUUUAGAAACAGAAACUCAAAUCAUUGUGCUGGCCAGAUUUAAAAAAAAACAACUGGUGUCUUUCUCCUCCCUCCGGUGUUUCAGACAGACAGUUCAUUUCCUUCUGUCUGACGUUCUGUCUUUCUUUUGAACCUCUUGAGAUGACAUACCAGAGUGCUCCAGUAACACAAGUGGUUUGACUACAUGCUCUGGUUACUUCUGCAUCAUGA